UUCAGCUGUGUCUAUCAAAACAAAAGCAGCCUGUAAAAAUAAGUCUUCAUGUAUCGCCCCACGGCUGCAGGAAAGAGCCAACAGUGCAGCAAGUGGAAAAGCUUUGCAAAACAGUUCUGUUUCCAUCUGUCCAGUUGUUGCAAACCAAGUUUCAUUGCUCUUGCUUAAUUGUAAUCCAAUAACUACGACACCAAUGCUGACAACUAGAACACGGCUAUAAAAGUGAACAUCUAGACUGUGAGUCUCAAACUGGAAGUUAAGUGCUUACCCUCCUGCUGCAUCUCCUCUGCUUUAUUUGCUCCAUAUGGUGUUUGACAUGGUACCCGGCAGGGAAGGGAAGGAGGGGGGUGCAAUGGGCGGAGGGAAAGCCUAGUAUUUUGUCCGUCCUGAAAUUUGAUUCACAACUUCAGGAUCCUGGAAGACAAAAAGAAAAGCAAGAGGGGGAGGGAAGAAAGGUUUUCUUCUUCUAACCACCAGAGGCGUAAACUCAACAAACAGCCGACAACCUACUGGAAAAAGUGCCAGGCUGUGCGACUAUGAACACGUCAGGGCUUAAGGCCGGCGACGGGCAGAACGCAAAGGAGCUCGACAGCGUGAAGGAAUCCAUCAGUGACAUCAUCAAUCAGCUUCAGGACAUCGACCCUGCUAGGCUGUCUUUCUCCCCCUUCCUGGACCUGGACACACAGAUCUGCAUGGCACCCGUGUCAGACAGUCCAGAGUCCUCGGUGGAGGAGCUGCACUCGUCCUCCCACUCGGCCUCCGGCUCGCAGCGUUCCCUGGAGCCUCUACCGUCGGCUGAGGAGGCAAAGGACUCGGCCUCCAGCCACCAGCAGCCCAGCAAUGGCCUCCACGAGGAGAAAAGGAGACACGGCCACACAGAGGAGGGAGCGCUGGAUCAAACUCUUUCCACUCCGAUCACCGCAGAGCGUAAUUUGGCCGGCGCCACGGAAAACUGCAUCAAGGCUCCAACUCUGAUGUCUCAGGGAGACAUCCCUAACGGCACAAACACACCAAAAUGGAGUCCAGAAUCCCCUUGUCUGAGCUGUACGGGGGAUGAAGGUCGACCCUUGAUGGCUCCACCGCCGGAUAGCGUGGAGCUGACGGUGUGGAGCCCGGAGCUGGACACUCGCGAGGACGCACACGAGGAAUCCGCCGGUGGCGGUCGGUGCUGCUGCGUGUGCAAAUGCUGUCAGAGCGGCCGAGUCCCCGCCUUCCUCUCGGUUCUGGCUUCUUUUCUGUGUGCGUCGGCCAUUCUCUACGCGCUCCAUAGCUACGUCCACGUUCAGCUCCCCGACUGCCCCGACGUGACCAGCCGGGUGGUCUUCACCCUCUGCUGCUGUGUGGUGGCUACAGUACCCGUUGUACUCGCAAUGCUCUUGGGUGCAAUGUGCCGCUUCUGUAGCGCCUCGUUCGGUUUGCACGACUCACCUCCCCGAAGACACGCAAUUCAGCAGCGCUUCGUGACUGCAUCCCUGCAGUUGUUAUUCCUCUACGUCCUCAAUCUUCUCGUCAUGGCGGCCUUUAUCCCUCAACAGCAGCUCAAAUUGGUACCAAUGUUGGUCGCCAUGUUCAUUCUGGGAAGGCUUGUCUACUGGGCCAGCUUGAAUGCGUGCAGCUCCUGGCGAGGCUUCGGCUCCGGCCUGACCGUCUUCCCGCUCAUGGCCUUGCUGGUUUACAAUUUUUUUCUCCUGUACAACCUGUACCGCAGAGAGUCGCUCCUUCCUUCCCAGGACAUUUUUUUUAAUCAGGUCACCACAUCUUCUCGGUUGGGGGAGACGACACAGAGCCCGAGUGGCACAGCAGACGCGCUGGCCGCAAACUUCCUGAACUCUCAGUGAGGACAUGUGUGCUCUUCUUCCAGAAGGAAAUCUCUUCAAAAAUAAGUCAUUCCUGUGGUCCACAGUCCGGCAAAGCUAAAGGAGUUGCCACGAUAACCUCUCAGUUCUUGAUGGCUUCAAUGAUUUAACUCUAGUAGACUGUUUUUUCUUUUUUAAUUUUAUUGUUUAUUAUUUGAAACUCAAGAGCUCUUUGCCAGCUUUCGAUGGGGGCAAGCACUCCAACAAGUCCUUUCAAGCUACUCCAGUACAAAUGUCUUCAAUUCUCAUGUUGCUUAAAAAAAAAAAAAAAGCAAAAGUGACGAGUUUGUAAAAAGUUUGUGUAUAUGAA